AGGUGACUGAGAAAAACGAAUACCCUUGGCAAGUAGGCCUAACGUCCUACUCGCCUUCUCAUCCUUUCUGUGGAGGUUCGAUCAUAUCCAACCUUUAUAUACUAACAGCCGCUCACUGCGUUUAUGGACUUUCUCCUGCUAUGGUCACCGCCGUUCUUGGGGAACAUGACUGGAGCACAGCGUCUGAAUCAGACUCCAUUCAAAAGAGGAAAGUCAGUGAGAUCAUCACACAUCCAGAUUUCGACUCCUAUACACAAGACAACGACAUAGCCCUGCUCAGACUAUCAACACCAGUCGACUUCCCUGCCAACAACGAGAUCGCCCCAGUCUGUCUGCCACCAGCUGGAAAUCUGUACGAAAACGUCAACGCCACAGUGACUGGAUGGGGAAAGCUCUCGGAAUACGGCGACACCUCAAGCGUACUCCACGAAGUGAUUGUGCCCACGAUGACCAAUGCCAAGUGCUCCCAGCUGUACGAAGAGGUCGUCACAGAAAAUAUGCUCUGUGCUGGUCUGGACGAGGGAGAACGAGACGCCUGCCAGGGUGAUUCCGGAGGACCGUUGGUCACCAACGAUGAAGGUACGAUGCGCAUGAUAGAAAUAGGCAUCGUCUCCUGGGGUGACGGCUGCGCAGCUCCCGGGAAACCAGGCGUUUACACACGAGUUAAUCAUUAUCUGGAGUGGAUUAAUGCCCACACAUCCGGUACAGUCUCCUGCUCGCCGACUUGAUUGAUGACGUCAUCUGGUCCCCUCUUCUGCUCACCGACCUGAUUGAUGACGGCAUUGGCUAACGUUUAUCAUCUAAGCGAGAUUGUGGUUUUCUUUUAUAUUUUGUUUCUCAGAAGAAUAGAAAUUGAUUAAAAAACAGCC